AUGAAAGAAGAUCUGGUUGAGUGUUCUAAAGGCUUAAACAUACCUUUAACACCGGUUAGUUUCCUAGAACGAGCAGCGACGUUGUAUGGUGACAAAGUUUCUAUCAUCUAUGGUGAUCAUGUCAGAUUUUCAUGGAGACAAACCUAUGAAAGAUGUCUCAAACUUGCUUCUGCUUUGGUCAACUUGGGAAUUUCUCAUGGUGACAUUGUGGCAACUUUGGCACCAAAUAUUCCAGAACAAUAUGAGCUUCAUUUUGGUGUACCAAUGGCAGGUGCUAUUAUUUCUGCACUCAAUCCUAAACUUGAUGCAACAACAUUAGCAAUAAUAUUAGAACAAUUAGAGAAUUGCAAAAUCAUAUUUGUGGAUUAUGAAUUUAUUGAUUCUGCUCUCAAAGCAACAAAGUUAAUCUCCCAAAAAAAAUUAAUGGCACCUCUUAUUGUUCUAAUCCAGGAUUAUGACCUAUUAGUGAAAGAUUUACCACAAGGCUCGACGGGAAUUCCAAAAGGAGUUGUUUAUAGUCAUAGAAGUGUUUAUCUUAAUUCCCUCGCGACCAUGACUCGUUUCAACGUGAAAAGUUCGUCGGUUUUUCUAUGGACAGUUGACAUGUUUAGGUGCAAUGGAUGGUGUUUCAUUUGGCUAAUGCCCGUUCUUGGGGGAACAAAUAUUUGUGUUAGAGAUAAUUUUUCAGCAAAGAAUAUUUCUGAGGCAAUUUAUUUUCAUAAGGUGACACAUUUUUGUGGCGCGCCUAUCCUUUUGGAAAUUAUUGCGAAUUGUGAUGUUAUUAAGCCUUUUUCGCACAAGGUUAGUGUCACGGUUGCUGGUGUAUUACCUUCGUUCGAAAUUCUUAACAAAGUGGUGGAGAUUGGAUUCGAUGUGAAUAUUGGUUAUGGUAUGACUGAAGUGUUAGGUCCAGUUAUCGUGAGAAAGUGGAAAAAGAAUUUUGAUGAUGAUGUUACGAAGCUUAAUUAUAUUGAAGAAGGUGUUAUAGAUUUUAUGAUGGUAGAGUUUGAUGUGAAAGAGCCUAAUACAAUGAAGAGUGUUCCUUGUGAUGGAAAAACUAUAGGUGAGAUUAUGUUCAAAGGGAAUACUUUGAUGUUAGGGUAUCUCAAGAAUUCAAAAGUGAGAGAUGAAGCUUUUAGGGAUGGUUGGUAUAGGACUAGGGACCUUGGUGUUAGGUUACCUAAUGGUUCUUUUAGUUUGAAAGAUAGAGCUAAAGAUGCUAUUUAUUGUAAGGGUGAGUUUGUGAGUUCAUUAGAGGUUGAGGGUGUGUUGAUGAAUCAUCCAAAGGUUUUGAAAGUGGCUGUUGUUGGGGGGGUUUGUGAGGGUUUGGUGGAGUCACCUUGUGCAAUUGUGAAAUUGAAGGAUGGUUGUAGUGCUGAUGUUGAAGAUAUUGUCAAGUUUUGUGAAGGUCAUUUGGAUGCUCAUAUGGUUCCUAAGAGUGUGGUGUUUGGUGAUUUGCCUCUUAAUUCAACUGGGAAGGUGCAAAAGUUUGUUAUUAGAGAAAAGAUUACAGGUAAUGGGUGGUGUGACUCCAUCAAUUAG